AUGCCUGACCCAUAUGAAGGAGCUGAUCCAAGGGCCAAAAGGCCAAGUGACUUCCUAGUACGUGCAUGCCCUCCUCAAAGACCACCAAACAUCCCACCAAAACCCACUAGAACCAAGAAACCAAGAAAUGUCAACACAGAGGAUGAACAAAACUGGGUACCAAAUGAUGAAAUUGAGCUCUCUGGCUGUGAGAGAAUAAGAACCCGAGCCCAAAAGAAAAUCAACCUAGAGAGAAAACAGCCACAAAUCACCAAAGUGUCCACCAAAGCAAAGGGAAAACAAAAGGCAACUGCCAAAGAAAAAGGGAAACAGAAAGUAGUUAGCACUGAUGAUGACCUGUCAAACCUACCCAACCCACACAGUACAACCUUUCUAAGUAAAGAGUCUGGAAAAUUAUGGAAUAGAAUUGUGGAGAAAAGGAUUAUAAACCAAAAAAUUCUGGACACAGACAAACUGGACAACUCAGAACAGAUCCAAGAAGCCCUCAUCACAAACCAACUCCUAGGAACAGUCACCAAUAUAGAACCUUAUGAUAAGGAAGUAAUCCAGGAAUUCUACUGUAACCUAACCAAAUCCACCACAAUUCCCAGUAGUCCUAUGUAUGGCAAAAUAUAUGUGAGAGGGAAAUUCUAUGAGUUCACACCAGACACAAUUAACAACUACCUUGGAACAUCUGAGAUUGAGCAAGAAAUUGAAAUAAACAGUGAACAAGUAGCCAAGGAACUCACAGCAGGAAAUGUUAGAUUUGAAAAGAACAAAAUCAAAGCAGCUUCUCUGACUAACAAGUAUGCAAUCCUACAGAAGAUAGCCCUUGCAAACUGGAUGCCCUCACUUCAUGAAUCCACAGUAAAAUGGACCCUAGCAGAACUGCUAUACAAAAUAGGAAAAGGAGUGAAGACCAACAUGGGUUCAAUCAUUCAUGCACAAAUCACAAAUCUAGCAGAAGAUACCAAAUCCAACACCUCCCUAGUCUUUCCAAGCCUCAUUUUUUCAAUCCUGACAAAACAGGGCCUCAAGACUCAAGGACCCAAGACCACAGUCAAGAACUUCAACACAACUGUCAAACUAAGGAAGGGAAACCACCAAAAUGAUCUUAAAUCCACAGCUCCAAAGAACAACCCACUUGACUCAAAAACACUGAUCACUUAUUUUGAAGGCAGAUUGACAGAAUUGGAAGCCUCAGAAAAACAACUACUGAGAAGACACAUGAUCAUCAAGGAAGAAAAAGCUGAAAUAACAGAAUGGCUGGCAGUACUAAAGGCAGAAAUUGAAGAUAACCAAGAGCAAGGAACAUAA